ACACCCCACAAUGGUAGACGCCGUUCACGGUGAUGUCAAUAUCCGAAAGGAUGUUCCCACAGCUGCAGAACCUGUCAUCAAGCAGGAACCCCAGGAGGACGCGCUAUGGCCUGCCGACGAGACAAGACGAAUACGCACACCCAAUGGUCCUCCCCCACAUCUCUCCAAAGGCACCUCCAGACCAAUCCCCCAGCCAGAAGGGUUCAAACUCUUCCAAGGCAUGGCUGCUCCCUUAAAUUCCAACGCCAGUGGAACCCUACCUACCACAAGAGCUCGACCGCCACCAGGCCGAGAAGAACGACCAUCCCCACCACCAUCAGAAUUGAAUGGUGCGAAAUAUGACCUCAGUUUGCCGACCGACUCGGAAGUGAGAAUAAAAUCGGAAUUUGGCUUAGUUAAUGAAAUGGGUACGCCAACUCAGAUAGCCAGCACAGCUUUACCAGGCACUAUUCAAAGCUCCAGAGAGCGCACCACCAGCCCCUCUCCGGCUCACCUUUUUCCUGCUGUCGGGGUGAAUAGUAACAGGCUGGACAAUGCAGAAGCAUUCGUAGCGGAACGUGUACUCCGGAGAGCAGCUUCCCAUGAAUGGCAGCGCAGAAGCCCACCACCUAGACGAGCAGGAUCUCCGGUGCGGUCAAAUUGCGAGAGCCUGAGUUUUGGUGGUCCUUUGCCCCCGCCCCCGCUACCCGUAGUCGAUGUUGCAUAUGAGGUCCAUUCAGCAGUGUUAAAGCAGUUACAGAUGGAGUAUGCCGAAGGUCAGACGGAGCUUUAUAAGCUUGAAGCUCAAUAUGCGGAAGUCGCAGAGAUUUCAGAUCGCUUGGCUAGGGAUGUGGAUGAGCUCUCCCAGAUACUUGCGAGUAAAAAAGCGUCGUUAGAACGGACUUUGAAGGAUAGACAUGGAUUAGAGGGCCUCCUUAUAUUUAUGAGAAGGAAACAGAUGCAGAAAAAGGAAGAAUGGAGCAUUGGACUGAGAAAGGCCGAAGAGAUGCGGAAAAGGUAUCCAGCAGAGUUCUUGACAACCGGUCCUUCACGAUCUAGAGCGGUCACUGUUCCACCGGCGACACUGCCACGCACGAUGAGCGGGCCGUUGGAGCCAGUACAUGAUAGUGCAGAAACCGUAUUUGCAUCAAGUGUGCGCGGUGAUUCCAAUAGUCGUCCAUGCGCCGGCAGCUCGAAACCUGAUGAUAGACAGGAAGAGCCGUUUACAAUGCGUCAGCACCAUGCAGCGGGCACCGUUUCCGUUGGCACGUUCAAGCGGUCACGGUCAACCGAUGGCGAAGGUGGUGGCGUUCCUUUGGGAGGCAGACCUGAUUCUAUCGAAUCUAUUGGUGGUGAUCCCCCUGCUGGAGCCAUUUUGCAUUUUAGACAGGUGUCCGGAAACGGGGAGAUAUGCUUCAAAUACAAUCAAGCAGAGUGUCCCGAAGGUCAAAAUUGUUCACGACGACAUGUUUGUGUGGCUUGCAUGGGCUCUCAUCCAUUUUAUGUCUGUGCUGCAAAGCGUACGAGUUGCUUUAGGUUUAACAAUGAGGAGUGCGGGCCUCAUUGUCAUCGCGAGCACCGUUGCCUCCGAUGUGCGUCCGGUCAGCAUAGACUACCAGAAUGUCAUAUACCCCCCGCCCCAGAGAAUGGAAUCGAGUAUUGCCUCACAUGGAAUUCAUCGCAGAACUGCCAUAGCGGACCGAAUUGCGAGCGACGGCAUCAGUGCCUGCGAUGCCGAGGAAGUCACGCUGUCAUCAUCUGCCCGGAGAAUGUGUUGAACUAUUUUCAGACUGUUGACGGUAGAGUUACUACUACCCUACCAGUCGCGCGCCAAAUGAUGCCUUGUCUUGGAAGAGAGGAGCAUGGAUCCAAGCGUUCCCGUUUGGAGUAGUUUAAGUGCGGAAAACUAUUUUUACCAUGAGCAGAUAUUGGCUAACGCGUGAAUUUACAAUAAGUAUUUAAAAGCCUUGAACUAUUAUGUAUGACAGAAGGCAUCCAUUGCCAAAGACUCGUUCGUAUAUCUUAAUGAAGAUUUUUGACAAGGAACACGGCCUGAACCUGUUGUAAUGAUUUUUCCAGGCUAAUGUUUGGAUAGCACUCUUGUGAGAAAUUUCAGAAAGACCUUGUUAUUGACUCUCGGAAGGGAAGCAG